UUAGAUUAAAAGCCGGAUUAGUCAGAGGCAUCUGUAUCAUGACAAACAAAAUUCAACAAGCUAUAGCUUUGAUAAAAAUAACAAUAACAAGAUGGUUCGAAAAACACUUUAAAGCUUGGAAUCUUUCGUUUUUAUUUAUGUCGCGGCCAUGACAUUAUUAUUCUCUUUUGACAAAUUAUAUCAUGUAUUAUAAUAUCGUAAGAAAAGCUAUCGGUUCGAGGUUUGACGGUUGCCUAGGUACCGCAAGCGAACAAAUGUGUUUGACGUAAACAAAACUGGUUUGUCACGCACGUUCCCGACGUUGUUUGACAGCGAAUUUUCAUACGAACCGGGAAAGAUGACGUCGCUCGAUUUGAGACAGCAGAAGCUGGAGCAGCAGAGGCAACUAAUUGCACAGAAGAUGAAGCAAAAGAGACAAACUGGUGCCAGUGGAAUGGUACAGGCAUCUAAUGUGUCCAGCGCACAGCUUACAAGCCAUUCUACUAGAUGGAUGAAUCCAAACAAGGAACUUCAUGCUUAUGAUGGUCCACUUCAGUAUACUAUGACACAAACAAGUACAGACAUAGGACCUUAUGCAGAACGUAAAAAUAGUGAAGGGACAAUUAAUGCAAUAGCUAAUGAGAGAAGUUUAUACGAAAGUUCGCAAAGUGCUGAUUGCGCUGAUGAGGAAUCAUCACCUGUAGAUUUACAUUCGCCUUCAGAAACUCUGCCAUGUUCUUCACCACUUCGAGUAGCACCAUCAGAGGGAUCCAAUACUCUCAUUAGUAGAGACAAUAAUUCUUCGAGUCCAGAGUUAGAAGGAAAUGUGGAGGGAAACAUUGAGCAAUUCGUAUUACAACCGGCGAAUAAGAAAAUGCAUUACAAGUGUCGAAUAACGCGCGACAGGAAAGGAAUGGACCGCGGCCUUUACCCAACUUACUUUUUGCACUUGGAGCGUGACUACGGGAAGAAGAUCUUCUUAUUGGCCGGUCGGAAACGAAAAAAAAGUGCAACGAGCAAUUAUUUAAUAUCGACCGAUCCAACGGAUCUCUCGAGAGGCGGAGAGUCCUACGUCGGUAAGCUACGAUCGAAUCUACUGGGGACGCAAUUCACGGUGUUCGAUAACGGCUACUCGUUGAUGAAGGACGACAAGCGCGACGAACGUUUCAGUCCGCGACAGGAAUUGGCUGCGGUGGUAUACGACACGAACGUUCUAGGUUUUAAAGGACCGCGCAAGAUGACCGUCAUUAUACCGGGUAUGACACCCGACCAGAAGCGAGUGGAGAUAUGUCCGCGGGAAGAAUCGGACACCUUAAUUGAACGUUGGAAAUUGAAACAUAUGGACAAUUUGAUAGAGUUACACAAUAAAACUCCCGUAUGGAAUGACGACACGCAAUCUUAUGUAUUGAAUUUCCACGGGCGAGUGACUCAGGCAUCUGUAAAAAAUUUCCAAGUCGUCCACGACAGCGACGUGGAUUACGUUGUGAUGCAGUUCGGACGUGUCGCAGAGGACGUUUUCACGAUGGACUACAGAUUUCCUCUUUGUACGGUCCAGGCGUUUGCCAUCGCUCUAAGUAGUUUCGACAGUAAAUUGGCGUGCGAAUAACGACGCAGCUCGACGUAUACAGUCGCACGUGAACUGUCAGUUCUAAGUAUAUACUACUGUCCUAAGAGUUACUAUACCAUUCUAAAUCGAUAGCUUUGUAAUGGACAAUCAUUAGAUAUUACGGUACGUGUGAAUGAUAUUACAGUGUGUACCGAACUGUUUUAUAAGAACUCUACUACAAGUCGUGACGCGAGAAUCACUCUGAAUGUGUGUUCACUUUUUCGUAUUUCGUGUAACGAAUCUAUUUCUAUUCUCGAAAUGUAUAAUGGCGACUUCGACGUUAUUCAUGAUACAUCGAUAUGAAACUGUUGAAUAUGCACGAGAAUGUUGGUAUAUUUUUUUUUAGUAUCGCACAUUAUGUUCUGAUCAUUUUUCAUAAUUUAAAAUUGAUUAUCGAUGGAUUUAUAUAUAAUUUUAAAAAUAAUUUAUUAUGCGCGCGCCUCAUUUCGUGGUCAAUGAAACUGAAUUUUUUGGCCGAUAAUUCGGAAACUGCAGUGCGGUUUGACAUUUUUAUAGAACAUUCGACAUAUCCUCAUGAAUGAUAAUUGACAUGUAAAGUGUUUGUAAAUGAUAAGUCAUAAGUAUGAUAUGAUUUUACAGUGCCUUCGCAUAAUAUUUACUGCACGUUAAAAGAAAUCAUAUCUAUGAAUCUUUUUGUUAUUGGUUAAAAAUAAUGAAGCUAUUUACCAGUAUAAAAACAGCACCUAAUAUAAAUUUCACGAAGAGAAACGUCAUCGUUAAAUGAUUGAAAACGAAAACGGUAUAGAAAAUGUAAUAAAAUGACACAUUUAUAAGCAUUAAUAUUUAAUAUUUAAAAUCGAAUUAAUAUCUAAUACUUGAAAUUGCAAAAUUAAUUGAUGUAAAAGAUUUACAAUACUCCUUACACGAGAUAUAUCUCAUGAUUAUAUUUUUAAUUUAUACAAUACUCUCUUGAUGUGUAAUAAUCAGUUAAUAUUUCCACUGAUAUCAAGAGUAUAUUUACAUCACCGACUUCUUAUCACUAUAAUAACGUGGAGAUGUGCAAUUUUUCACAAUUACUAGAACACUUAAUCAAUAUUUAAACAUAUGAGCACAGCACAGCAUUAGUCAGAAUAUACAUCUUCAUCGUAUUCUCUCUGAUGACAAAUCCAUUCAGUAUUAUACUACAAGAAUUGACAUUUUUUACCAACAGUGAAAGUAACACUGAUCAGUAUUAUGAAAAUGAUACUGACAUCAUCUUAGUGUAUAAAUUAUUUAAUAUUUCAGAUUAUUUCGUAUACAGUAAUAUAUAUUCAUAUUAUGCACUCAUACAUUCAUAUAUAUUCAUGUAUUAAGUAUUUAUAUUGUACAGGGUGUUUUCUAUUUCAACAGAUUUCAAAAGUGUAUACUUGAAACAAAAAAGAAACAUUCAUGAACAAGAAGAGAAGAACAUCCUGUAUAUAUAACAUAUAUUAAUAUUAUUUAUGUAAUGUAAUAAUCAACGGUUGCUCUCUUACAUUAUGUUGUAAAUUUAACGUGACAUUUCAAAACUAAUUUAAGACGGCGUCCAAAGCUAAUUAAAAACGAUUGCAUAUUAUUAUUAUAUUAUUACGUACACACCACACACACACACACACACAUAUAUAUGUGUGUGUGUGUGUGUGUAUAUGUGUAUGUACGUGUACUAGUUAAAUAUUGGUAUAUAAGAAAACGACCAAAGUAUUUUUACUGAAUUUUUCACACGAUCUUUUGUAAGCACAAAACAUGAUGGUUGUUUAAAUAUAUUGUCAGAUGGUUAGACAACAUCCGACAUAGAGCUAUUGUUUAAUCAUCUGAAUACUGAUUACAACGGUAGCUUUUAAUAUGCAACAACAUGUUUGGCGAAUUGUCACAACAUAAUUGUCGCAAUACUACUUUAAGUAGAUAUUUGUAUCAUAUCAACGAACGCUAAUUUCCUAAUUUGUAUCUGCAAUUUCACUGUAUUCGCGUUUGUUGUACGUUGUUUAUAUUACGAAUCUUUUCACAUUUCACAUUCCGUAAUUAUUAUAGACAUAUGCAAUUUUUGUACCAUCAUCUAUGUGUAUGAGUUCCAUUGGUUUGUUUCAACGAAAUGUGUAUUCAACAUUGUUAAAUUCUGUGCAUAUUAUUUGUAUAUUCUAUACGCUACCAUUACUAAAACUCAUUGAUUUGUAUCUCCAUUUGCGUAAUUAAUCACCAAAUAUUUAUCGGAGGGCAAAGGCAUUUUGCAUAUUAGACACACAACACGAUUAUAUGUUUAUCUACCCGUAAUUGAAGAGUAUAUCUAGUCUUUCAUUGUGUAUUAAUGUUAUAUUUGGUACGUUAUGUAACAUAAUAAGUUGUUCAUUGUCUUCACACACAGUAACGUAUAGAAGAUGAGAGAAAAUUACAAUAAAGUCCACAUGCUUCUCUGAGAGCGGUGCAUCAGUUUAUCUUUCACUCGCCCAGUUUUUGCAAUUAAAAAAUGCUGUUGCUGAAGAGAAAAAUAUAUGUAAAGAAAUUUUAAUAUAUGUAAAGAAUCAUUAUAACUGUGUAUCUCUAUCACAGGUAUUAUUCAAUUAAAUAUGGAAGAACAUUUUUUUUCUUUUCCUUUAAAUUAUCGCCUAUUGAAAACGAAUGCAUUGCAUACAAUUCUAAUAGUAUAGAUAAGACACAUGGAGAAAGAGAGAGAGAGAGAGAGAGAAAGAUAUGUAAUAUAACAUAUUAUUUAUUAUUACAAGAUUUAUAAAAGAAGGUAACAUUAAAUAUUCCCAGCGUUAUUUGGGCAGUAAAACUCGUUAGAUUAGUGAGCGCGUUUUCUUAAUUUCUUGUAUUUUUUCAUAUAUAAAAAACGUUGUAUCUUGAUUAAUACAAUAAAGGCACUUAAGGUCUAGCACUCUUAUAUUGACAUAAAUAAGAUUUACGAUACGACAAUCACUUUUCGCUUUAUUAUUUACAAUGAGCAUACAGUAGUUUUAAAUCUGGUUCACGAUUAAAAUCAAUAACUUGAGUAGGUUUGCGUCACACGCUGCCCGCUAGAAUAAACGUCAACAACAUAAGAAUGCAACUAAAUAUCCUUGCACUUAAAUUGUAGGAUAGCAAUCGUUCGUGAUAUAGAAUCUUAUGAUAUAUUUCUCAUAAUAGAAAAAUGUUAGUUCUUUUUUUAUAUUAAUAUAAUUUUCGCUACAGUAUAGGGUGAUAAAUUGUAAUUGACAAUUGUUUUAGAAUAUUUAAGUUAACUUAGAAGUUUGCUCAGCGUUUUCUCUCGGUGUGAACAAAAAAAAAAGAGUAUGCAAAUAUUGUUAUCCGUUUAUGUA